AUGAUACCAACCAUAAAUGUAACUCCACACAGUCCAGCAAAUGUCUCGAAAUACAACAACAUUUUUGAAGAUACUCUCAGUCAAUUACAAAACAUUCGCGAGAGUGUUGUUCAAAUGAAGAAUUCAUCCUCGUCCCAUAUUAAUGAUAAUCUCUCCAAUUAUGGUCUCUUAAAUGCUGCUAUAUUAAGUGCAUCACUACCAGAUCUGUCGGCAGCCAACAAUGGUGUACCUGGAGCGACUGGAGCUGGACCCUAUGGCAUAUAUCAUCACAUAUUGUCGUAUGGCCUACUGAACAACAGCAACAGUAAGUCGUGGACUGGCAUUGAUGACUUAACAGCAGGUGGAGAUUGUACAAAUAAAAGUGUGAGUCUUUCAAGCUUGGAUAGUGAAGAACAGGAAACAAUUCGAGUUACCGAACAAAGAAGAAGGUCGGCUAGAAAUAGUACUGGUGGUAUAUCUACGCAUUCCCUAAAUGAAGCGGAACUAGCAAGAGACUUUGAAAGGAUAGCUGCAAAAAGAAGUUUAGCCACCGAAAUAAUAAGCCGUAUUCCGCUGCAAAAAAGUAUAUCAACUUCAUCAAUAGUUGCGAAGGAGGAUAUUAAAGCCAUUGCAAGGCAUUUAACUGACAGCGAAGAUGAAAACCAAAGUCUGUUGAGAGCUCAUGCAAAAAUAGAAGUAUAUGACAAUGUAGAGAAGAGAAGGAAAAGAGGUUCGUUGUUUUUUCGCAAAAAGAAAGAUAAAGCAAAGAUGAAGUCGAUUGGGGGACAAGUGACCAAUUGCGAUGCAUGUGGCGUGAAUAUAACGCUGGGUACAAUAAAAGAUCACCAAAUGGAAUGUAAGGGAAAGAAACACAGUGCCUCUCUUGGAAUUGGCAAAAAAAGUAUUAGUGGUAACGAAAGAACGGAUGUGGGACAAGAUUUUUAUGAUGGACCCGAACAAAGUACGAAUUUUAAUGAUGACAAUGCACCACUUAUCAGAUCGGAAUUUUUGAACGAUGCUCCCAUAGAAGCCCAGGAUUUGAAGGCGGACCCUGUGCUCGGCAUUGAGUUGAAGGAACACGACUCUUGGUCUCCCGGAAUACCAAAGGAUAUUUUAAAAUCUUUGAAAGAUCAUCAGAUAAAGAGGCAGGAACACAUAUACGAGUUUAUAAUGACCGAAAAACACCAUUGUCAAACAUUGUUGGUUAUGCAAAAAGUCUUUGUGGAAAGUAUUGAGCGACAUUUCCCAACGAUAAAUUGCAAUAAAAUGUUUCCGAGGUUGCAAGAAUUAACAGAAUUGCAUUGUAAUUUCUUAAAGAAGUUACGUCAAAAGCAAAAAGAGAACUUUGUAGUAGAUUCUAUAUCGGACAUAUUGCUUGACUUCUUUUCACUGGAGAAGGCCCAACAUUUAAGGCUUGCUUAUGGAGAAUUCUGUGCUAACCAUCGUUCUGCAUUGGAACAAUUCAAAUCCUACAUGACCGGAAGAGAUCCAACAUUUUCCGAAUGGUAUAAGCACUGCUUGACGAAUCCUUUGCUUAAGAAAAAGGGCAUUCCAGAAUGCAUAUUGUUCGUCACCCAAAGGCUAACAAAAUACCCUCUACUCAUUGAACCUCUUCUUAAAAGCGGAAGGGAUGACAAAUUAGAAUAUGAAAAGUUGCAACAUGCACUCGCAUUGGUAAAGGAGCUGUUGGUUGAUGUUGACGCCUGUGUAGCAGAGAAGGAAUUGCGAGAGAGGCAAAUUGAUAUUUACAAUAGGAUCGAUAACAAAUCAUUUGCCAUAUAUAAAAAUAAACCAUUCCGCAAACAGGAUGUAGGCUUUGAAUCAAAGAGGAGAUUGAAAUUCGAAGGUUUAGCAACAUUAAUGCAAGGUCGUUCCAAAAUGCAAUUAGUACUUGUUGUCGUUUUGACCGACUGCUUAUGUUUCCUUAGCGAAAACUCGGCUCACAAUAAGUACACAUUUUUCACACCGGAACACAAAGCCGGCGUUGUUCCACUGCAAAAGUUAUUAAUACGAGAAAAGGCAGGCACCGAAUCACGUGGUAUUUACAUAAUAUCAUCCAAUCCGUUGUUUCCAGAGAUGUACGAACUGAAAGUUCAAACUCCAAAGGACAAAAAUAUCUGGAUUCAAUCUAUAAGACAGGCUGUUCUAGAUUGCCCAUCCACAGAUGUAAUUGAAUCAGACGAUUUGACUCAUGAAGAAAAAAUACGAAUUGGCGUGAAUAAAAGGGAAAUAAUAGAGAAAAUACGCCAAAAGGACAUCGAACAAGCUAUUUUAUUAGAAGAGAAGAUCCUUCUGCAACUCAAUUUAAUGCAAAAAGAUCAAAAGUCGUUUAAUGCUGAACAAGACGGGUCGCAAACAGCACCGGUCUCUUCAUCCAAUAUAUCAGCAGCACAAUUUCUGGCAACCUAUGGAACUUACAAAGACAUAGCAAUAGGUACGGAUUGUGAUACUAACGAGUUAUGGAAGAAGGUUUUGAAUACUGUGCAGGAUAUUACGCAGUUGGCCUCCAGUGUUUAUACCGCUGCUACUGGGCAACCGGUUUCUAGAUCAGUUAGCUCCGUUGGCGAAAAGCAAAGUGAUACCUACAAUUCUCCCAUUUUACCAAAAAGAGCUGAAACAUUUGCGGGAUUCGAUGAAAAAAGAGCCAAAGGCCCGUACUCAUGUAGAGACAUUAAUAAGACGGCAACGUUACAGAUUCUUACCCCAAGACUGCAGGAACUCGAAGAAAAACGAGAAGUAAAAAACACUUCAAUAGUGAGUAAUAUCAUGCCUUCCUCAAAUAUGGACUACGAAAAUGCACUGCAGUACGACCAGUCGUCAGUAGCUACCAAAGAUAACAAUUUAGCUUAUUUACAAGUUAAACAUAACUUGCAUACACUAUUAUGUAUUAUAUCGCAACAAAUGACUACUAUUCAUUCUCUUCAGCUACAGCUAGCACUGUACAAGGAGAGUCCACGAGCUUCUUACACUCAUAACGACCAACUGGAAGAACUGCGUAAUUUGCAAGAUAAAUUACAGGAAGAGAAAACGGCUUGGAUCAAACAAAAAGAUCAACAAGAACAAGAUUUGAACGAAAAGAAGGCGGCAAUGGAUAAACUACAGGAACAACUAAAUUUACAGCAGGAGGACAUUAAACAGCAACGUGAACAAUUAUAUCGUAAAAUGGAAGUCUUAUCCAGUCAGGGAUUGCUAAUAUCCCCUAAUACGCCUUUAAACAUAUCCAGUCCACUGAUGCCAACAUCAACCGUUAACAACAAUGACAUGGACCAUGAUACGCAUGACUCACAAACCCAGGACUUCUCCACUUCGUCGAUAUCAGCUCAUGGUUCAUCGUUAAAUACUGUAGAAAGGCGCAAAGAUAAAUGGCGCACAGCUUCAACGAUAUCCAAAACUCCUCCUGCUCAUUUAUUGAGUGCUACAAAUGCCCCCAAAGUACAACAAAACGUUGUUAAACAAAAACUUCCCAUGAAAUUGUCAUCGCUUUCUUCGGCGUCGACAACGCCUAGCAGCAGCUCUUCCAAUGUCAAAAUUGAUAAGUCCAACAGUUUUACUACAAACAAUAAUUCCUCAACAUCUUCCGUCGGCGGUAUUACACAAAUGUUUCCUUUAAAAUUGGCAGACAAAAAAUUGACGCCCUUGCCGCCUAAUAAUUCUAACAACCCUUCAAACCCAUUGAUUCCGCAACAUUCCCGAACUGGUAGUUCUCCUGCAAUAAUACAACAUCCGCAUACGCCAAUGAGCAACACAACAACGGCCUUGACAUCUCCACCGUCAGCGGUUGUUACCCGUACUGAGUCUUCUUCCACAUUUACCUACGGCCAGCGUUAUUCGCUGGGUUCAGUGAAUUGUACUACUCCCACAUCUAGCAAGCACAUAACUCAAUCGAAUUCGACAAAAAUCCCACUCAAAUCUUCUAUAAAUGCAUUGACAGCUCCAAUUACUUCCAGCUCAUCUACACGCAAUAUCGCACCUCAAGCCAAGCCCGAAGAAGAAGAAAUUUACUUUUGA